AUGGCGCCCAGGUGUACAGAAGUCAGCCCGUUGUGCCCGGUGGAAUACACAACACUUGGUUACUACCCGAACAAGCCUCUCAAUAUUUUCUGCGCCGCUGCUUUCGCCUUGGCCUUGGUUAUCCAACUGGUGAUUGGCAUCUGGAAGAAGACGUAUGCAUUCACAGGCUUUAUAGUAGCCGGGUGUGCACUCGAAGUAGCUGGCUACGCUGCUCGAGUGCCACUCGCAGACAACCCAUGGAACCAGCAAGCCUUUCAGACCGAGAUAUGUGCCAUCGUUCUGGCUCCCACCUUGACCUGCAUCUCGAUAUACCUGACGCUCAAACACCUCACCACCGCGCUGAACCCAUCCCUCUCUCGUGUCAGGCCAAAGUGGCUCCCAUUCAUCUUCGUGCCCGCCGACGUGAGCUGCCUCCUGGUCCAGGCCAUCGGUGGUGCGCUGGCUGCCAGCGGGGGUAGUCAGAACCGGAAGCUGGUCAACGCCGGGAACCAGGCCAUCAUCGCGGGCAUUGCGCUCCAGGUCGUGGUGCUGGUGGCUUUCGGAAGCAUGUGCGCCGACUACUAUUUCAGGGCCAAGAAGUGGGUGCACAGCGCCGACGUGACUCCUGCCGCGCUUGCGCUUUGGAACGACAAAAAGGUUCGGACCUUCUGCUACGCUGUGCUUGGAGCGUACCUUUGCGUUCAGGUUCGGUGUAUUUACCGAGUUGCCGAGAUGGCUGGCGGGUGGGGCAAUGAGAUCAUGCAAGACGAGCCCUCCUUUGCGGUUCUCGACUCCUUCAUGAUGUUGAUAUGCGUCUGGCUGCUCAGCUGCUUCCCGCCAGGCAUCUUCUUCCCGCAGAUGGCCAGGAACUCGAAGUCAGCACAAGCCAAGAACGGGGUUCCAGAGAGUGCUGGGGAGGAAAGCCAGGCAGAGCAGGGUGGGCUGGCCGCUGAACAAGAACCAAAGGAAGGCCAUCUGUCAAAACCAGAAACAUGA